AUGUCCGUUCCGACCACAGGAUUGAGCAAAUUGAAGAAGAAACACAUUCGUGUAAAACAUCAAAAAGUGAAAUUGUUUCGUGCAAAUGAACCAUUACUGUCAGUGUUUAUGUGGGGUGUAAAUCACACGAUAAAUGAGCUCAGUCAUGUUUCAAUACCUGUUAUGCUGCUGCCAGAUGACUUCAGGGCGUAUUCCAAGCUCAAAGUCGAUAAUCAUUUAUUCAACAAAGAAAACAUGCCAUCCCAUUUCAAAGUUAAAGAGUAUUGCCCCCUGGUGUUCAGGAACCUAAGAGAAAGGUUCGGGAUCGACGAUAUCGACUACAAGGAGUCACUCACAAGAUCUCAGCCGAUUCCUGAUGAUUCGUCAGGCAAAUCUGGCGCGAAGUUCUACCAGAGUUACGACAGGCUGUUCAUUCUCAAGACCCUGACUUCGGAGGAAGUAGAGAGGAUGCACUCGUUUCUCAAGCAUUACCAUCCUUACAUAGUGGAGCGACACGGCAAGACGCUUCUUCCUCAGUACCUAGGCAUGUACCGGUUAACAGUGGACGGCAUCGAACACUACCUCGUCGCCACCAGGAACGUGUUCUCCAACCAUCUAAAUAUUCACAGGAAAUAUGACUUAAAGGGCUCAACGGUAGACCGCGAGGCGUCCGAGAAGGAGCUGGAGAAGGAACUUCCCACUCUUAAGGACAACGAUUUCAUCAAGCAAGGUGUGCGCAUCGAUAUCGGUGAUGCGGCUAAGGAAAAAUUAUUGGAGACACUCACGGCCGACGUAGAGUUCCUAACGAAGCUUCACCUGAUGGACUACUCGCUGCUGCUGGGCGUGCACGAGUGCGGGCGCGGCGAGGCGGAGGCGGAGGCGGCGCGCCAGCGGGACGCCGAGCGCGACAGCGACAACGCCGACUCCGACACCGACAGCGACACCGACAACAGGCACCACGGGGACAGAUGGGGCUACAACACCCCGCCGGACAGCCCGCGCGGGUUCGCGCGCCAGUCGUCCUUGAGGUACGAGGGUAUCAUUCCUGAGCUCGACAUCUAUGCCAUACCCAGCCAGGAAGGUAUGUACGAAGGUACCCCCAGAAAGGAGAUUUACUUCGUCGCCCUGAUCGAUGUCUUGACGCACUAUGGUGUUAAAAAACAGGCGGCGAAAGCAGCGAAGACUGUCAAAUACGGUAGCAACGUAGACGGGAUAUCGACUUGCGACCCCGAGCAGUACGGCAAGAGGUUCAUCGAGUUCGUCGCCAAGGCCAUCGAGGGGAACUAG